UGAUGCUGUACGUGUGUGACUAAAAUUUGUGUACUGUGUGUUCGAUUUUAAACAGAGAUGUUGCACCACGCAACAAUGUCGCCCCUCAGUCCAAAUUGAAAAUGUGGUUUGAAUCGCAGAACUGUGCCAUGAUGGGUUUGCAGGCGACUACAGGAGUAGCGGGAAAAAGAAAGUUGGAGGCGGCAACGGCUCCCGGAGAGUCUAGUCCGGCCAAGAACGGCAGGUGGGAGGCGGACGACUGCAUAGCGAGGUUGCAAGCAGUGGCGGUACCGGCGGAUACGUGGAGGGCGCCUACGCCCUCCCUUGCCGCCACGCUCCUCACCGAUGACGAGUUCGACGACGACGAGUUCGAGGAUGAACUCUCGGAUGAGGAACGGUGCGUUGGAAUACCGGAACCUGCCAGGUUCACCCAGCAGCCAUACAACAGGUAUCAUCAGAACGACUACUGGCAGUACUAUCAACCACCUCAGCAGCAAACAAUACGCUGCGAAGAAAAUGGGAAGUCAUAUUUAGAACUGGGGGCUUCGCCACCGGUGCGGACACGGUGUUGUGACGGCAGAACGCGUUGGUGCCACGUACCCUGUUAUCGCCAGAGACGAUUAGCAGUUCUGAAUCUUUCGAUGUGCAAACUCGCAAGGUACAGACAAUGUUCGGACCCAUCCUUGCGUAGAUCCGUGCUAAUUUGUAACACCCUCCGGAGGCUCGAACGAGAGAUGGAGUCCGAGCCGCCCGAACCAAGUUAUCCCGCGUUACCUGAGAUGUCCCCACCAUACAGACCGAACCCCGUGCCUGAAACCAGCUACGAACAAAGCCUAAGGGAUAUGAACUGCUCAGGGAGAGCGACACCUUUCCCAUCGACAGCGCCCGAUACCGAUUCAGGGUUGGGGGAGGACGAAAUGACUAGGCCUAUCAAUUGGGGUUCCGUUCUCAGUCUCACUUCGCAAACCGACCUAGAGUCGCUGAACAACAACGAGUUAUACGCCGAGCUAGGUCUCAGCGACCAGUCGGAGUGGAAAGAACCAUCCACGUCACGGACUGACAAUAUGAACGAGUGGGAUGGUUUUAUGCAUGUGUUAGUGGGGGGCACGUAGCAAUAAGAUGCUGCAAAUCGUUUUACUCAGGUUGUGAUUCACUUAGUUAAAAGACAUUAAAACUGCAGUACAGGAAUUGUGCAGCUAAUUGUUGACUAUAUUUUUAUUUUUUAUGUCUUAAUAUAUUUUUGCAUAGCGAUUGGACUGAGUACUUAGAUGAUGAGACGACCCUUUUUUUGGGGUCAUGGCAAUUUUCACAACUAUUUGAUCUCCAUCGCUCAAUUAUCACACAGCAUAGUAACAAACUCGAAUUUUCAAAUGUUUCACAACUGUCAAGAAAUUGGCAAGCAAUAAGAAAUUGACCAGCAAAUGAACUUUUAAUUUUACUUUCAAAGAUGAUUUAUUUAUCAAAUAAACUUAUAGACUGAUUUUUGACUUAAUUCUUGCUAUUCCUUAAUUAUUUAAUAUAUGGGAUGUUGGUAACUUUUAAAUUAAAUUUAUUUUUUACGAUUGUGCUAUCGUAUGCUAUGCUGUGAGGCUCAAGAAGAGUUUAAAUAUAUAUAUAAUUUUUUCAAAAUGAUAUUAUUUGGUGUUAUAGACCCGUUUUGGGCAUUCCUUUGUACAUAAACUUGUAUAUAUAGUAAAUUGUGAAUAAUGUAUAUAAGAGAAAACUUAUUCUAAUUAGGUCUAUAUUUGUAAAUAUUUAAUAUAUAUGUUAUAACAUAUAUUUUAAAUUGUGUGAAUUAUUACUGAAUUGGCAAUAUGGUUCUACACAAAAAAAAAAACAGAUGACUCCCAAGCUGUACAAAUACUAUUAUAAUUUUUCAUCAGUAAUCAAGUAGAAUAAACUAGCUAUUACUUUAA